GCUUCCACCUAUUUGUAGCUACCUCAUUCACUCACUCACUCACUCCCACACACUGCAGCCAGCUGCAGCUGCAGCAUAGCAGCCAGACUCACUCUCACACAGUCACACUACUACUAGACUACUACUACUCCCAGCAAUCACAUCCUCUCUCUCUAUCUCUCUCUUUCAAAAGCGUGUGUGCCUGUGAGCCUGUGACUGACGACGGACUGUCUGCUGGCACGCACGAGCGGGCGCCUGUGCGUGUGUGCUCCGACCUGCAAAUCAGAGACCAGAUCGAGCCCCCUGGCCGGCUGCAGCUGCCUCCUUGCUUCCUCUAGCUCCUGGAGUGAGGAGAGCUCGCCAUUGCUGUCUGCUCAAGCUCUCUAGCGUAGCUAGACUUCUCCGGCGUGUGCUUGGCUGCUGCUAGCUGCUAGCUGGCCAGUCUUCCUCUCUUGUCCGCCGGCGAGAUGGUGGUGGUGGGCGCCGUGAGCUGCUGCCGGAGAGGGAGUUGGCGGCGACGCGCCGCCGCCCUCGCCCUCGCCGUCGUCGUCGUCUUCGCCGCGGCAGCUGUUGCCGCUGCUGCAAGGAGGCCAAUCCGUGUACUACGGAGACCAGCAGCAGCAGCGGCGCACGUGAGGAGACUAGACUCGUCGUCGUCGCUGAUGCUAGCGAGGAGGACCAACGCGGCGGCCGGCGGCGGCGACAACGGCGACGUCCGGCGGCGGCGGCUGAUCGGGCCCGGGUCGUCGCCGCCGACGUGCCGGGCGCGGUGCGGGCGGUGCGCGCCGUGCCGGCCGGUGCACGUGGCGAUCCAGCCGGGCGUCGGCGCCCAGUGGGAGUACUACCCGGAGGUGUGGCGCUGCAAGUGCGGCGAUAAGCUCUUCAUGCCGUGACCGCCGCCGUCUCGCCGCCGGCGAACCACGUAGCGCGGCGGCGGCGGCGGCGCCAGCCAUGGCUGCGUGGAUCGAUCGAUCAGUAGCAUAGUUUUGAAAGGGGUGUAGUAGUGUGUAAAAGAGGGGGAGGAGAAAGUAAUUUAAGUUAAAAGGUUAUUUUGUGGUGAUUAUAAACUAGUUAAUUAAUCAACUAGGUCGAUCUUAAUCUUAAGAUGGUGUACUGAUCGAGUUGAUGAUGCCGGUAAUGUCUGUAAAUGUGAAAUUUAAGAUCUGGAUUUUACCGUGUAUGUUCUUCUUUUUGAUUUAUCUGAUUUCCCUUUUUCGACUA